UUCCUGAAUAUCUCAACUAAACCUGCAGUAAAUUAAAAUUAAAGCAUUCUUGUAGUGACAAAUGCACUGAAAACCAUCACUCAACGGUGAGUUCUGUGAAGUAUUUUUGCAUUUUUCUGCCAUUUUCUGGCACACAGCUCCAUUUUUAUCACUUCAUCCAGCCUCAGCCAGCAACUGUUUGAAGUGAGAAAACUCAUUUAACCCCUCUGAGUCACAUACGCUGCACCAAAGGGGCGAUAAAGUUUGCAGGUGACUGGAUAAUGUAGCAUUUAGCACCUAAAAGCAGAUUUUCCCUGAGGGGUUGGAGGAGAAAACAUAAAAGUCAACGUAGAAUAAAUAUUGGACUUAGGGUUAAGCCCUGAAUUAUUCAUACCCAUGCUGAAUUUCUUAUCGUCCUUCAUCAAUUUUUUGGUUAAAUACGCUAUGAAUGAAAAUUUGACAUGUAUAUGAAUCAUCAUGAGCCUAAAUGUACAUAGAGAGUGUGACUGCACUUUAUUUUGCUGCACAAAUACUACAAACAUGGUUCAUUUCUCACUCGGUGACUAUGUAAAUAUGUAAUAUGUUAACAACUUCAGGUUAUUUGUCAAUUUCAGGUAGUUUUUUUACAAUAUAGAACCUUUAACAAUUUGCACAUAAUCAGUUGUAAAUGCGUUUACUUCAUGUAUGUGCUGUCUACAUAUAAUAUAAACAAUAUUCACUCAAUAAUUCAUAUAAUAUUCACUAUAUAAUGUUGUUGCAAUGUUCUAAAGUGAGAGAUGUCUUGCCCCAGUUUAACCUGCUGUAAAGAGUGAAAGGGAGCUCUGACAAUAGGUUUGAGUGUUUGGAAGUUCGCACAUCAUCAUCAAACUACAAUUAUAUGCAGCUGCCAGGAAUUAUAAUGCAGCUGGUUUCACAACGAUGUGCCUCCCUCUGUGGACAUCAGUGAAUAAUUGCAUGUCUGCUGGUUUCAUUCACCUCUACGUGACCGAAGCAGAGUAUCUGACUGCUGUAGUUACACAAAAGAGAUUUAUUCACCAUGAGUCGCUUGAAUAGCUCUUAUUCUGGGCCUGUGGCAAGUAAAACUGGGAGGUUAUCUAGCUGUGGUUAACAGCUUUUCGGUUGCACUUUUAAGUUUGUAACGACCACAAAACAUGAUCACAUUUUGUCGUUAUUUUCCCAUUUAGAUUUACUCUAAAAAGUUGUAGUCUGUUAUGAUUUAAUUACUCAUUGGCUGCCAGUGAAAGCCUUGACUUCAGUCUUAGUAUUCCAUUUUGCCUUCCUGUCCAUUUCAUCUUUUUCAAGAUCUAAAAAGGUUUAUGCGAUCAUCCAGUGGAGCACUUAUCGCAGACACACACCUACAGAUUUACACCUAGAAAGACAACAGACAUAAAACUAAGCGCUAGAACUGUGCGACAACAUUUUCCUCUAUUGUGUUUCAGUAUUUGGCAUCAGGCAUCUCAUAGUUCAGACAAACCAUUAAACAAAUAGCAAACGGACAACAACAAAAAAAAGGACACAACUGUCAGGGGUAAAAUGCUCAUUUAAACCCAGUUUCUCUCACAUUGUAUGAUUGCAGUUAACUUCAAAGUCCCAUCAUUUGACUAGAGUAUUAUGUAAAUAUAUAAUAAUAAAAAAUAUAUAUAAUUCAAAUGUAUAUAUUUAUGUGCAUAUAUACAGUAUGUAUGUAGUAAAUAUAUAGAGAGCUAUAUGUGGAUAAGAUGUAUAGAGAGAUGUAUAUAUGAGAUAUAUAUAGAGAGAGAGAUGUAUGUAUAUAUAUAUAUAGAGAGAGAGAUGCAAAUAUAAGACAUACUGUAUAUAGAGAAAGAUAUAUGUAUGUAUAAGAUAAUUAUAUAUAGUUAGAAAUAUAGGUAUGUAUAAUAUAAAUAUAUAGCGAUGUAUGAAUAUGUAUAAUAAAUAUAGGUAUGAUAAAUAUAGAGAUAUAUGUAUGCAUAAGAUAAAUAUAUAGACAGAUAAAUUGGUAUGUAUGAUAAAUUGAGGUAUAUAGGUAUGAUGAAUAUAUAGAAAUAUCUAGGUAUGUCUAAGAUGUGUGGAGUGAGAUAUAUUUGUGUAUUUGGACAGUCUGAGUGUAGAGAAGUUGACACAUCAUCAUCAUCAUCAUCAGACUGUAAUUAACUGUAUGAAGUGUUCAGGAAAUACAGCUCAGCUGGUUUCACAGCUCUGUGUUUUCCUGUUUGGACAUCUCUGAAUACUCGCACGUCCGCUGCUUCAGUCUCCUCUACGUGACCGACAGAAAAGUAAUCAGAGUACUAUCGGCGUGACGCUUUUGACGUAACCGGCGUGACAUCAGAGUGGGCCGGAUCUGCACGUUACGGUGUCAGAUGUUCACGGCGAAUUAAUUUGGUCUAAACGGACGGAACAGCUGUUAAAGAGGAGCAUCUGACAGGUGAACAUAAAGCUGCUGUGUGGGUUUGUGUCCUCUGAGCUGCUGGUUCAUCUUUAAGCUGCUGGUUCUUCUUCUGUUCGGUCUUCAUGAAGAUGGAUCCGAGCGACGAGCAGCGCAGCGCGUCGAGCAGCAGCCAUGUCUUUGUGCAUAACCCACACCUGGACACGAUGAAAGACGACAUCCUGUACCACUUCAGUCUGGGAACUAAAACCCAUGACCUGCCAGCGAUGUUCGGUGAUGUCAAAUUUGUGUGUGUGGGAGGCAGCCCCUGGAGGAUGAAAUCCUUCAUCGAGUACAUUGCUGCUGAGCUCGCCAUGGAAGACCCCAAAUCAGAUUAUCCAAACAUCUGUGCUGGAACUGAUCGCUAUGCCAUGUACAAAGUUGGACCAGUACUCUCUGUCAGUCAUGGAAUGGGCAUCCCAUCUAUUGCUAUAAUGCUGCAUGAGCUGAUAAAGCUCCUCCAUCAUGCACGUUGCACAGAUGUUACAAUAAUACGCAUUGGGACAUCAGGUGGAAUAGGGCUGGAGCCCGGCACUGUGGUCGUAACCAAGCAGUCUGUGGACGCCACCUUUCUGCCCAAGUUUGAGCAGGUGAUCCUGGGGAAGACGGUGGUUCGUAACACCGAUCUGGACCGUAGUCUGGCUGAAGAGCUGCUGCAGUGCAGCAAAGAGCUGAACCAGUUUGAGACGGUGAUCGGAAACACUAUGUGUACUCUAGAUUUCUAUGAAGGCCAAGCCCGUUUGGACGGUGCUUUCUGUGCCUACACUGAGAAGGAUAAACAGGACUACCUGAACAGAGCCAGAGAAGCAGGAGUGUGCAACAUUGAGAUGGAAUCAUCAGUUUUCGCCGCCAUGUGCAAACUGAGUGGUCUGAGAGCGGCUGUGGUUUGUGUGACGUUACUGGACCGCCUGAAGGGGGAUCAGCUGAGCAGCUCCCACGAUGUUCUUCACAAUUACCAGCAGCGUCCUCAGAUCCUCGUCGGCAGCUACAUCAAGAAGCAGCUGAAGGCAAAAUUGCAGCGCAGCUAAGUGCAAACUGCUAUGCAAGAACACAUCAUACACAGAAAACACGGUGCACCGCAGUAGCUUUACACCACCUUUUUUAUUUAAUCUUCACCACGCACCUGUAGCUUUUAAUAGAGUCACAACAGUCAGUUUAAAUUCUACUUUCUAUUCAUGCUUUGAUUUAGUUGGUUGACUUCACCUUUAUAAUUAACCAGCAUGCACUGCUUCACUUUUGUUUCCUUUCGUAUUUCACUUAGUAUUUAACUGAGAAUUGAAUGUAAUGUAGCAACCCAUAGUGACCAAAUGUGUCUUAAGAAACUUUGUUUUAUCUGACAUGUUAAAUUUCUGAUCCAUUAAACCUCACUUGUUUUAGUAAGUCUGAGCUGUCAAUGGUGCUGUAAGAGAACUGUUUAUAGUGAAAUACUCCUUGUUUCUCCAAUGCAAGCAAAACAACCCUGAUAUUUAUGCAUUUGUCUCUUGUUGAUGCCAUCAAAGCGUUUUUUUUUAUUCAGAAUGUCUGUUAUUCUGUUCUUUUAAGAGUUUGCUUGGGUAUUUUUUCUUCAUUCAGAACCUAAAACUGCAACAAAAUGACUCGUUUAGAAAACAAACUCCACUGCACGUAAAAAAUAAAAUAAUAUGUAGAAGUAAA